AUGGCUGUCUCUCAGAAGCCGCUUCGUGACCCAAACACUCUCAGCAAUUACAAUGAGUUCCGAACAAUCCAUACGACCGCCAGUUUUGAUAUCCAAUUCAAAGCACAGCACUUAACAGGCAAUGUGCGCCAUCAGUUGAGGUCGACUACAGAUUCUCAAUCGAGAAAUAUUGUGUUAGAUUCGAGCUAUCUCCAGAUUAACGAUGUCAAGGCAGAUGAGAAAGCAGUUAAAUGGCACCUCAAGCCACGGGAAGAACCCUACGGAAGCGCCCUUGUCAUUACCCUGGACUGCGGAGUGCCAUUUGGUCAAGACAUCACAAUUGAGAUCUCUGUUCAGACAACAGAUAAGUGCACGGCGCUGCAAUGGCUGACUCCUGAACAAACAUCAAAUGGCAAACAUCCAUACAUGUUUUCACAGUUCCAGGCAAUUCAUGCGCGCUCGGUUUUCCCAUGCCAGGACACACCGGAUGUGAAGGCGACAUUUACUUUCAAUAUAUCUUCGGCGCUACCCGUCAUUGCAAGCGGUGUAGCACUUGGUACUGAUGUCAUUUCGGUCCAGCCGCUGAUCAAGAAAUAUCGUUUUGAGCAAAAAGUGCCAAUUCCAUCAUAUCUCUUUGCACUGGCUAGUGGGGAUAUCGUGCAGGCACCGAUAGGCCCCUACAGUAAAGUGGCAACCAGUCCAGACCGCCUUAAAGAGUGUCAAUGGGAGCUUGAAGCUGAUGUUGAAAAAUUUCUGGAUGCGAUCGGAUUAAUUCGUUUUAAGGAUAUUGUUUUUCCUUAUGUGUGGGGAGAGUAUAAUGUCCUCAUAUUACCACCGAGCUUUCCUUACGGAGGAAUGGAGAAUCCCGUCUAUACUUUUGCCACACCAAGCAUUAUUUCCAAAGACCGCCAAAACAUUGAUGUCAUAGCACAUGAGAUUUCACAUAGUUGGAGCGGUAAUCUAGUCACUAAUUGCUCGUGGGAACACUUUUGGCUGAAUGAGGGCUGGACUACAUAUCUGGAACGGAGAAUACAAGCAGCAAUCCAUGGCGAACCGCACCGUCAUUUCUCCGCAAUAAUCGGCUGGAAGCAGUUGGCUGAUGCCGUCGAACGGUACGGAAACGAUCACGAGUUUACGAAACUUGUUGUUGAUUUGAAGGGAAAGGACCCCGAUGAUGCAUUCUCAACAGUCCCUUAUGAAAAGGGCUUUAUCUUCAUCUUUUAUCUAGAAAACUUGAUAGGUAAGGAGAAGUUCGACAAAUUUAUUCCUCAUUAUUUCAUGAAAUUCAGAGGGCAGUCCUUGGACUCCUUUGAGUUCAAGUCAUGCCUAGAGAACUUUUUCACCUCAGACCGGGAUUCUAGUGUGCUGCUUGCGGAUGUGGACUGGAAUGCUUGGUUUUAUAAGCCGGGACUGCCACCAAAACCACAUUUCGACAUGUCCCUCGUCAAUGUUGUUUACGAUUUAGCGAAAAAAUGGAGACCACAGGCUGAGUCGUCCUUUUCACCCAGCCCCUCUGAUAUUGCGGACUUGGUAGCAAAUCAGCUUGUUGUCUUCCUUGAGCAAAUCCUCUUGUUCGAAACGCCUUUGACUGCCGAACAGUCAGAAACAAUGGGUAAAACAUAUCGAUUUGCUGAAAGUGAAAACAUUGAAGUCUCAAAUCUUUAUUUCCAGGUAGGGCUAAAGGCUAGGGAUAAAAAAGUUGUGGAGCCCGUUGUGAAGUUACUUGGGAGGAUUGGACGUAUGAAAUUUGUGCGCCCCUUGUACCGAGCACUAAAGAAAUAUGAUAUAAACCUCGCCCUUGACACCUUUGCGCAACAUAAGACAUUUUACCACCCAAUAUGUCGGGGAUUGGUUGAAAAAGAUUUGUUGGAAGAGAAAAUUGGAUAG